GAAAUUAAAAGGAAAACAAAUAGAAGACAGGGAAAAAAAAAAUAGGGGCAGCAAAUGAAAAAUAGCUUCUUUGAAUUCUAGACUGAGAAGAGAAAGGUAAACCAUGAUUUUGUCAUGUCCAUGCGACUAGAGGAAAUUGAAGUGUUGAAGUUGUAAAUUUAGGCUUUGUAGGUUCUAAUUUAUGAAGGAGGAGGAGAUAUAAAGAUGUUAGAUUCUGGUUUUAAAAAUAUUUUAUUAUGUGUUUUCCUUUUUAAUAGUAUAUGUGUUAAUUCUUUAAUCCCUUUGAUUAUAUUUUAUUGAGGUGGCAUCCCACAGUAAAAGCCAGGCCAAUCCAUGCAGAGGAAGCAGAGGAACCGGAUCCGGGAAAGAAAACUAGGAGACCUUACAAUUACCAAGACGCAUGCAUUAGAUGAUCAAGGAAAAUAUGAAAAACAAGAGAUCUAAAUUGGGAGAGAAAACGAUUAUGCACUAUAGCAGCUCUCAGAAGAUACUCUUAGUGAGUGAGGGCAACUUCUCCUUUGCUGCUUGCUUAGCCAAAGAAUUUGGCUCUGCUGUGAAUAUGGUUGCAACUUCUUUUGACUCCAAAGAGUCUUUAAUGCAGAAGUAUUCAAAUGUAAAGAGCACUUUGAAUGAGUUAAAGGGCAAGGGAUGUACGGUGUUGCAUGAGGUGGAUGUUCAUACCAUGAGCCAACACCCCCGGCUAAUGAAUAGACGAUUCGAUCACAUUGUCUUCAAUUUUCCUCAUGCAGGUUUCAUCUUGAUGGAACAUAACAAGAUCCAAAUUAAGCUGCAUCAGGAUUUGGUCAAGGGGUACUUCACCAGUGCACGUGAAAUGCUCACAGAAAGUGGAGAAGUUCAUGUGACUCACAAGACCAACCAUCCUUUCAGUAAGUGGAACAUAGUGAAGUUAGCAGAAGAGGUUGGGUUGUUUCUGGUUGAGGAAGCACAGUUCACACGAGGGGAUUAUCCAGGUUAUAUAAACAAGAAAGGAAGUGGAAGGAAAUGCAACCGUACUUUCCGUGUUGGACAGUGUAGCACCUACAAAUUUGCCAAGCUACCACUUCAACCGUACUUUCUGUCUUGA